GGCCAUCCUAGAAUAAGCUAAAUUUUAGCAGCCAAAGUACCUAAUUUUAAAACUUUGACAUUCAGUUGCAAACAUUUAUAAUAAAAAUAUAUGAGCCGAUAAAUCGUUUUAAAUAAAAUGAUGUAAUGAGAGGUUAAGUACGUCCUAAAGUUUCUAUUUCAAUUGUAAUAUAAAAUUUGUAAUCAUUACUAAAGGAAAAUACCGGAUUACAUACUCUCCAAUGAGAUUUUAAAAGUCUUGGGCCUUUAAAGGACAUAGAAUUGAAAAUGAUUGCAUUGAAUACAUUGCAGACGGUUAUAGAUAUUGCAUUUUGAAAAUCAAUGAAUGGACCUAAAAUUAACAUUGGCCACAUGAUGUCGCUGUAUACCACAGAGUCUUGUCAAUAGAAAGGACAUAGUGAUCACUAAAAGUAAAGGCGGAAGCUCCAUUUUGUCACUGCCUGAGAGAAGACCGAAACGGUGAUAGAUGAUUGGGAAUAUUAGAUAAAAUAAUAUGAUUUUGAAGUAAGGAGAGAGCAGUAAGACCGGUGUAGUGCUUUUGCAAUGGUGUUUUCUAGGAGAGGAGACCUGGGAACCCGGGACCUGCUUCUCUCGUUUCUGCUCCUCGCAGCCUGGGAGGUGGGGAGCGGCCACCUCCAUUACUCGAUCCCGGAGGAAGCCAGACACGGCACUUUCGUUGGCCGCAUUGCUCAGGAUCUGGGGCUGGAGCUGGAGGAGCUGGUGCCGCGCCUGUUCCGGGUGGCGUCCGAGGGCCGCGGGGACCUUCUGGGGGUAAACCAACAGAAUGGCAUUUUGUUUGUGAAUUCUCGGAUCGACCGGGAGGAGCUGUGCGGGCGGAGCGCGGAAUGCAGCAUCCACCUGGAGGUGAUCGUGGACAGGCCGCUGCAGGUUUUCCAUGUGGAGGUGAAGGUGAAAGAUAUUAACGAUAAUCCACCCGUCUUCAGAAGCAGAGAACAAAGAAUAUUCAUUUCUGAAUCUAGACUCCUGGAUUCGCGUUUUCUGAUAGAAGGAGCUGCCGAUGCAGACAUUGCUGCUAACGCUCUUCUAACGUACACCCUCAGCCCCAGUGAUUAUUUCUCUUUGGAUGUACAGGCAAGUGAGGAACUGAGUAAAUCUCUUUGGCUUGAAUUGAGAAAAUCUUUGGAUAGAGAAGAAACACCAGAAUUUCAUUUAUUAUUAACAGCCACUGACGGGGGCAAACCGGAGCUGCAAGGUACAGUUGAACUGCUGAUCACAGUGCUCGACGUUAAUGAUAACGCCCCACUAUUUGACCAAGCAGUAUACAGAGUCCACUUAUUAGAGACUGCAGCAAAUGGAACAUUAGUGACCACAUUAAAUGCCUCUGACGCUGACGAAGGUGCAAAUGGUGAAGUUGUCUUUUCCUUUGACAGUGGUAUUUCUCCUGACAUUCAAGGAAAAUUCAACGUUGAUUCCAGCUCGGGAGAAAUUAGGUUAAUUGAUAAACUGGAUUAUGAAGAAACAAAAUUCUACGAAAUUCAAGUAAAGGCAGUUGAUAAAGGAAGUCCUCCAAUGUCAAAUCACUGCAAGGUUUUGGUGAAAUUGCUGGAUGUAAAUGAUAAUGCUCCAGAACUGGCGGUAACUUCAUUGUCUUUGCCCAUCAGAGAGGACGCUCCACUUAGCACCGUCAUCGCCCUCAUCAGCGUGUCUGACCGUGACUCAGGUGCCAACGGGCAGGUCACCUGCUCCCUAAUGCCCCAUGUCCCCUUCAAGCUGGUGUCCACCUUCAGGAAUUACUACUCGUUGGUGCUGGACAGCGCCCUGGACCGCGAGAGCCUCUCGGUCUAUGAGCUAGUGGUGACCGCGCGGGACAGGGGUUCGCCUUCGCUGUGGGCCACGGCCAGCGUGUCCGUGGAGGUGGCCGACGUGAACGACAACGCGCCGACCUUCGCGCAGCCCGAGUACACGGUGUUCGUGAAGGAGAACAACCCGCCGGGCUGCCACAUCUUCACUGUGUCGGCGCGGGACGCGGACGCUCAGGAGAACGCGCUGGUGUCUUACUCGCUGGUGGAGCGACGGGUGGGCGAUCGCGCGCUGUCGAGCUACGUGUCGGUGCACGCGGAGAGCGGCAAGGUGUACGCGCUGCAGCCGCUGGACCACGAGGAGCUGGAGCUGCUGCAGUUCCAGGUGAGCGCGCGCGACGCGGGCGUGCCGCCUCUGGGCAGCAACGUGACGCUGCAGGUGUUCGUGCUGGACGAGAACGAUAACGCGCCGGCGCUGCUGGCGCCUCGAGUGGGUGGCACUAGCGGUGCAGUCAGUGAGCUGGUGCCGCGACUGGUGGGUGCGGGUCAUGUGGUGGCGAAGGUGCGCGCAGUGGACGCCGACUCAGGCUACAACGCGUGGCUGUCCUAUGAGCUGCAAUCGGCGGCAGGUGGCGCGCGCGUCCCGUUCCGCGUGGGACUGUACACGGGCGAGAUCAGCACGACUCGUGUCCUGGACGAGGCUGACUUGCCACGCCACCGCCUUCUGGUGCUGGUGAAGGACCACGGUGAGCCGGCCCUGACAGCCACGGCCACUGUGCUUGUGUCACUGGUGGAGAGUGGCCAGGCGCCAAAGGCCUCGUCGCGGGCAUCGGUGGGUGCCGCGGGCGCAGAGGCGGAGUUGGUGGAUGUCAACGUGUACUUGAUCAUCGCCAUCUGUGCGGUGUCUAGCCUGCUGGUGCUCACGCUGCUGCUGCACACGGCGCUGCGGUGCUCAGCACCGCCCACUGAGGGUGUGUGCACGCCCGGCAAGCCCACUCUGGUGUGCUCCAGCGCAGUGGGGAGCUGGUCGAACUCACAGCAGAGGCAGCAGAGGGUGUGCUCUGCGGAGGGCCCACCCAAGACGGACCUCAUGGCCUUCAGCCCCGGCCUACCUCCAAGUCUUAACACGUCAGAAAGAAAUGAACAACCAGAAGAAAAUUUGGAUCUUUCCGGUAAUGUAAGUCCAACUUUCGAGCUUUGGCUUUAAAUAUUUUUCACAUUUAACUUGUCUAACAAUCAUUUAAAAGAUCACUUUAAAAAAUGUCUUCAGGGUGUUCACUAACAUUGAAACAAAUCAUACCAGUGAAUGCAGAUAUUCUAUUAAUGGCAGUUUUGUCUUGAAUGGAACUAGAAAGCAAAAAAAAAAAAAAAAAAAAAAAAA